CCAAAAUACAACCGAAAAAGUAACAUCGUAGCGACCAUUGGACUUGAUAACGUUAUAAUAGUCAACGAGUGUUUCGGUGUAGAAGCGAUGCUGCAGCCAGAAGUGGUCCCGCUUCGGACGGAGGGACGCGAUGAGCAGCAGGAGCGGAGGCUCAGUGAGUCCGAGGAGGGAAUCAACCCGUUCAGCUUCACGCCGCAGAUCAUCCGCCUGCACAAGGACCACGAGCUGUUUGAGGACGGGGACAUUCACAGACACAUGUACCUGCAGGACCUCUACAUGUCGGAGGCAGAAGACAAGCCAGCACUCAGCGUGUCCGAGUUUGCCUGUCACAUCUCAGGCUGCAGUGCGGUCUUCAGUGCGCUGGAGGAGUACGAGCACCACUACAACGCCCUGCACAGGCACGUGUGCUGCUCAUGCCGCCGCUCCCUGCCGAGCGCCCGGCUCCUGGACAUUCACAUUCAGGAGUGGCAUGACUCUCUCUUUACUAUCCUUGCCCAGAAACAGGACAUGUACCAGUGUUUGGUGGAGGGCUGUGGACAGAAGUUCAGGACUAGUAAACACAGGAAGGACCAUUUAAUAAGAAUUCACAAGUAUCCUCCAGACUUCAGAUUCGAUAAAACCAAAAAGGAGCGAGGAAGACGAGAGACAAAAAGAAAGGAGCAGAAAGACGCAGCCAUGGAAGUGGUGGAUGAUGUGUGUGAGUCUGAGGGUGUCUGUGAGGUUAUGUGUAACUCUCCGUCCGACGAACCUGAGGGAGGGGAAUCCAUGGAGACACACGAGUGUGAGGAAAAAGCCUCUACCGAGGACGUUCUUGCUGCAGCUCAGGACACUGAGGGCACAAGCGCAGCGCCACGAAAACCUCAGUAUUCCUACAGGAUCCCCAACACCGUGUGUUUUGGUCACGGUUCUGUCCGAGGCUUCGGAGGACGGCGAGGAAGGAGGAAGUGAAGCAUCAAAAUCAAGGCUGCUAUUUUCUGGCCUUUUACAGCUUUAUAACCUUUGCACAUAAUACCUUCACAGUCAUAGAUGUUUUUAA